AUGUCUGGAAGAGGUAAAGGCGGUAAAGGUCUGGGAAAAGGAGGGGCCAAGCGUCAUCGCAAGGUGCUGCGGGACAAUAUCCAGGGCAUCACUAAACCUGCUAUUCGCCGUUUGGCUCGCCGUGGAGGUGUCAAGCGUAUUUCUGGUCUUAUCUAUGAGGAGACCCGUGGUGUGUUGAAGGUAUUUCUGGAGAACGUCAUCCGUGAUGCUGUCACCUACACCGAGCACGCCAAGAGAAAGACCGUGACUGCUAUGGAUGUUGUGUACGCUCUGAAACGUCAGGGUCGAACUCUGUACGGCUUCGGCGGUUAA